UCUUGUUUUUAUUUGGCGUAUCGCAUAUGUCUUGGAAAGAAUUGCUUUUUAUUUAUUAUUAAAGUCUAAUAAUUCAAAUAUGAUUCUAAAAUUUUUUUUAAUUUUUGUGACGUUGUUUGUAAUUAGUCACGGACAUGGACAUUCACACGAUGGACCUGGAGCUGGACAUGGUCACGUUCAUGCCCAUCACGGUGCUUCUCACGGACAUGCGCACGAUCACGGUGCUUCUCACGGACAUGCACACGAUCACGGACAUGCCCAUCAUGAUCAUGAUCAUCACGAUGAAAGCGAACAAAAACCGCCUUCUUUCAAGUAUUCCAGGGAAGCCAAUGUGAAAGAUGUGCCGGUUAAACCCGUUGAACCACAAAAAACUGCUAAACCAAAGGAAGAACACGAAGCACACAAAACUGUUAAAAGAGAAGAUGAAACACCAGUUGAAUUUAAUUUAUGGAUGACUGCAAUUGGAUCAACCGUUCUGAUCAGUUUGGCCCCGAUUGUUAUUCUUCUACUUAUUCCAUUAGACAAGGGACCAGCUCACGAAAACUUUUUAAAGACAUUGCUCAGUUUCGCAUCAGGAGGUUUGUUAGGAGAUGCAUUUCUUCAUCUCAUUCCUCAUGCUUUGAUGGCUCAUGAUUCAACUGUUGAUAUCCACCACGAUCAUGACCAUGUCAGUAGUCAUAAUCAUGGUCAUUCACAUGGUGAUGGUAGUUCUCAUUCUCAUGAUAUGAGGGUUGGGUUGUGGAUUCUAUCUGGCAUUGUUGCUUUUCUAGCUGUGGAAAAAUUAGUUCGUAUUUUAAAAAAUGAAAAACAUGGUCAUAGUCAUAGUAUAGCAGCUAGUGACAAAAAAAAGGUUGAACAACAUGGUGAUACUAAAAAAGAUGUACCACCUAAAAAAGAAACCAAAGAAUCUGGUAUCAAAGUGGCUGCCUAUCUGAACUUGGCAGCUGACUUCACCCACAACUUCACUGAUGGUCUGGCAAUAGGAGCCUCAUAUUUGGUCAGCCGAAAUGUUGGCAUGAUAACAACACUGACCAUCUUACUUCAUGAAGUUCCUCAUGAGAUUGGUGACUUUGCUAUCCUCAUUCAGUCUGGAUGUUCUAAAAAAAAGGCUAUGUUCUUGCAAGUGGCCACAGCAGCCGGUGCAUUGUCAGGCACCUUGUGUAGUCUGAUGGCAGAGGGUGCAGGGGAGUUGGCUACAAGCUGGAUCCUGCCAUUCACAGCCGGGGGUUUCAUCUACAUUGCCACAGUUGCUGUCAUUCCUGAAUUGUUGGGUGAUGCAAAAUUGUGGCAGAGUGUUAAAGAGAUUUGCGCCAUGCUCGUUGGCAUUCUUAUGAUGGUCUUCAUUGCACAGAUCGAGUAGUUUGUGGUAGUAAUGGUAUUAAUGAUGGUAGCUGUUUGUUACAUUCUGUUUGAAAUAAAGUAUUUCUUCUCUCAAUUUAAAUUGUACCAUAGAUGUGUGACAUUACAUCUCAUUUUAAGUUUGCAUUUUUCAAAAUUUUUUGUUAUACAUUUGUUACAAGUGACAAACUUGUUUUAAAAUUAAUUAUUUUUGUGCAUUUAAUAUAAUUUUGGACAUCGUACAAUAUUUUAAAUAAACUAAUAUGUACCUCAAAUUAAUUUAGUGUGAGCGCAGAUCUGCAAUUAAUGGCCCUAUUUUGACUGUUCUGACACGUUAAUGUUGAACUUUAAAAGAUAAAAUUGUAUCAUGCAUACACCAGCAUACCUACAUAUAUCGAAAGUAUUUCUCAAUAUUUAUGUUUAUAUAUAUUAUGUAUGUAUAUAUAUAUAUAUAUAUAUAUAUAUAUAUAUAUAUGACAUUUAUGCUAAGUUGAUGUAUACAUGCGAUUUCAUGUGGAUCAUAAAAGAUAUCUCUGCGCUCAGUCAACAUUCUCAGUGAUUUCAAAUUUGUUAAACAAAGUUAAGUACUCUUGAUAGAUGAA